UUAGCAGAAAUGUUUGGUCUCAGAAAUGAUCUUCAAGAACAGUUUGACUCCAUGUGUGGCUCAUUUUAAACAGGGCAAAAUUGUUGACAUCUAAGAAUCAAACCAGACUUGUUAACACUUGGUCCAUUGAUUCAGUGGUCUUGUGAACAGAAAACUAUCAUUCAUUACAAUAUGAAGGCCAUACAUACAUACUGUAUAUGCAUACUUGGACCACCUUGCAAUCAGAUGAACAUGCAGACAUGUUUCAUCUUGAAGAAGCACAUACAGACAUGGGAAAACACAGCGGGUGAGAGAGAGCAGACAUGUAUAGGUAUAAAAAACAGAGGUAAUCUGAAUUGGGCUGCACUUUCUCAACACAAUCGCUUGAAAUCGGGUGUCAAAGUUAGUUUAAACAGGAAAAUCGAACUGCAUGCCAGGCCAAAACAUAAUCUAAAUAAUUGAAACUGUUUAAAACAGUAAUUUAGUCAAAUCAAAAGUAUGUUUGUUGGGUAAAAUGAGUUUUCGGGGGUUAACGAUGACUGACAACAGCGAUAUCAAACUAUGAGGCCUUAUAGUGAAUAUCCAGGCAUUCAGAUCUUAUCAAGCCAAUCCAUGGAAAUGCUUUUGUUUGGCGGACUUUGGUUCAUAUAAACCUGCACCUUGUGAUAACAACUGCUGAGCGUCACUUCCUCUGACAAAAAUCUAAUUGUGUUGUGAUAUAGGAGGACUGCGCCAUGUCUGGCCACUUCUGCGUGACAGUGCCUCCUUAGUGGAGGUAACUGUUACCCAGGCCUGCCUAACACUGUUUAUACUCAGUGAUCCAUUUUGAGACAUGCAAGGCCCCCUUUUGCCCUGCUAGCAAACACUGAGGAUUUCAUGAUGUUUACUCUGUAUAUACAGGAGUCAGCUUAAAUAAGACUUCCAUGACUGCUGGAUCCCCAGAAAACUGAUGGACUAGAUUAGACUUUGGCCCAAACUUGGAACUCUUGGCAUUCUGGCCCAUUUUGACCCAAGCAAGGUUAAUAAAACAUCAAUAUUUAUGUUACGAUGGGGUUCUUUGGUCUGGUCAGAAGCCAAGCAUACAAUCUGUGCUGAAUAUUAUGAUACAACACAGAUUUUUUUUUUGGUAGCCAUCAGAACAUUCUCUGAAAAGCAGCCCGCAGUUUGGUUUGUGUAUAUGCAGCAUAUAUGUCUCUUACAAGUUGUUCCCUUGAUGAUGACUGUAAUAUUUAUAUAGGGGCAAAUAUGGGAGGCUGUUUAUUUAGUUUAUGGUGUAUUGUGACUUUUUGAUCUGCAAUAUGAUUAAAACUCAAAGUGUAUUGCAUUAUAUAGUAAUUAUCUCAUCUUUUAACCCAUACAGAUGAUUUAUGGUGUUUUAUUCAUCUAAAACUUCUUAUAGGAUCACUUUGCUCGGCCUAUUUCUUGGAGAUUACAUGAGAAUGCAUGGCAAAUUUAGAAAUAAAGAGCACAAACACGUCUAAUCUCAAUCUCAGCCAUAAAACUGCAUUCCACAAAUGCCAACCCAUUGUCCACAGCGCAGCCUCUGAAUCAUGUGCCCCACUUUAGGCGGCAGCACAUGACUUUUUCCUGCCUCACUGAUCACCAGGCUCCUCCGGAGAGGGAGGAUCAGCGGUGAAAUCGCGCAGCUAAACUUCCUGCGCGUAAAGUCCUGCUGAUGUCACAUGACGCCGCGGUGUAGUGGAGCUCUGCGGAAGGAAGGAAGCAGCAAGCAGCAGCAACAGCAGCAGUAGCAGCGAUGAAAACGUCCAAAAGCUGCAAGAAACACUGAAGUGAAGUGAGGAAAGUUCUGGGCUGCAGAGAUUCUGGAUGCUGGGAUCAUCCGGCGCAGAAAACACACACAUUAUGCAUCUGGAGUGGUGGGCGUAAAUAGGACACCACAGUAAAACAGGACAGGUGUGCAUCUGUAGUCCAGAUGAAGGGCUUGCUGAUAGCCAGUGAGAGUGCUGAGGUCCUCUUCCACUGGACUGACCCAGAGUUUCAGCAGAAUAUCCAGGAGAAGUAUGGGGCAGCUCAAGAGGAAGGCCAGGGGCUUCCCGCCUUCGAGGACAGCAUCAGCACGCUGUUUGCUCCCAUCAUUAUCUCCUGCAGUACCAUGGUCGACAGACUGGGUGACAGCUACACCUGCUUCACCACAGAAAACAACCACAUCUACGUCCUACACCAGUUUGAUGAGUUUCUCUACAUUGCUGUGAAUGGAGAUGGUGAGGAGGGAGAAGAUGACCUGAAUAGGAAGAUCUAUGUGAUGAAGAAGAUGAUUGAGGUCAUAUUUGGCAUGGUCACCCUCAGCGGUAACCUCCUCAGGAAAGAACUGCGUCCUCAGGACACCGAGCAAAGAGCGAGGCUGUGGAAGCAUCUCCAGAGCCUGCUGGAGACAUACAACCACCUCCGAGAGAAUGACCAGAGCUUCUUAGUGGAGGCAGUGGAGAGGCUUAUCCACCCCACGCUGUGUGAGCAGUGCAUAGAGUUUCUGGAGCGUCGUCUAGUUCAGCAGCUCAACAGCAGUGUAGAGAGAGCAGGAGAGGAGGUGCUGCAUGCCUUCAUUCUGGUUCACACCAAACUGCUCGCCUUCUACUCCAGCCGCAAUGCGAGCUCCCUCGCCACCUCUGACCUCCUGACCCUCAUCAUCAUGGCGCAGAAUAUGUAUCCUAGCAACAUAGACCUAGAUGACCCAGGUCCUGAGGAUGUUGAGAGUACAUCUGGCUCUGGUCCUGAAAGUUUUUACACCCCAGAGCCUUCGCCUACAGACAGAGACUCAAGUGGUUCAGAAAAUCCAGUGAGAGGCAGUACUCCUGUAUUUGAAUUUGUGGACCCAGAUAUCCAGAUGGCAGAGGACAGCUUACAGACUCUGGAGGUUCCUCCACCUGACCCCUCAACCCCCCGUAGAGUCUUCUUAGAGGUCUCACAGAAAGAGGGGCUGUAUCCCAUGAUGCCUCACUCCAUGUACUGUUUGCCACUGUGGCCUGGCAUCACGCUAGUGCUGCUAACUAAGAUUCCCACUAGUGCAGUGGCCAUAUCGGUGUAUACGUUUCUGGAGGCCUUUGCCAAGCUGGAGAAGCGUUUAAAUGAAGGUCAAGAAGGUUCCUCUGCUACUAGAGGCCAGCCGACUAUACAGGACAUCCGAAGCAAACUGGAUAAAUUCAUCAAAGCCCUGGGGCCAAGUGAGAUUCAGUCUGCACAGUUACAAAAUGUCUGGACAGAGUUCAAGAACCGAGCCUUCGCCAGAGGAGGACCUGGGUUUAACAAAGAUCUUAUCCCGUGGUGUAAGAAUAUGAAGACCCAGCUGUGUGGCGUAUACCGACAGUGUUUCUUUAUUGACUCUGGGCUUGCCGACAUUCCUCGACAACUCUCGCCCAGUCUGCAGGAAAGAGCCCAGUCUAUGGUGCAGGAAAAACUGAUGGAUUGGAAGGACUUCUUGUUAGUGAAAAGCAAGAGGAAUAUCACCAUGGUGUCUUACCUGGAAGAGUUCCCAGGCCUUAUUCACUUUAUCUGUGUGGACCGAUCCACCGGCCAAAUGAUCGCACCGUCGCUCAACAUCACAGAGCGCACCACCUCUGAGCUGGGGAAAGGACCAGUGGCUCAGUUCAUCAAAAGCAAGGUGUGGAGCCUGGUCAGCACAACACGGCGCUAUCUCCAGAAGGGUUACUCCACUGUCACAUUGCGUGAUGGAGACUUCUACUUCUGCUACUUCCUCUGGUUUGAAAAUGAAACAGGCUACAAGUUAGAAGCAGGGGAAAUGCCCAUCCUACCUGAUGACUCUGCUCCCAUCGGGAUGCUUGCCUGGGACUAUUACAGGAAGCUGCUGCGGUACUACAGCAAGAAUCACCAGGGUGAGGUGGUGAAGUGCUAUGAGCUGCUGACAGUACACCUGGGGGUCAUCCCCACUGAGAUCAUCCUCCAGCACUGCAGACAGCUGGCAAGCAAGCUGUGGGAGCCUUCUCGCAAUCCGCUGCUGUAGACUCACUCACAUAGUUGUGUACACAACAAGAAAUUGGCUGCAUUACUAAGAACAAUUACUAAAAACAAACAAACAAAACAAAAUCUCUUUAAACUGCACCCUGGGCCUGUGUUUCAUGUUUCCACAGUUUUCAUUGUGUAAAAGGUUAUGCAUCAUAUAAGUUGACCCAUAAUGAUUUAUUGGAAGCACUUAAGUUUAUGAUUAGCACAAUUGAACGCCAUCGUGCACUUCAUGCACUGUGAUGUAUCUCAUAUGAAGUAGCUUGACUGUAUCACUCCUUAAUUGUACAUUGUAAUAUAUUUUUUGAAUACUCAUUUAUGACCUGUUUACUAUUUAUUAGUAAUAUAUUGUUAUACUGUGCGUGUUUCACUUUGUAGCUGCCACUGAUUGGUUUUAUAAAUGCAUACUGUACAUUUUUGCGUCUUCAACUCCUGGUCUCAUUACUUGUAUGAAUGAAAUAUGCAACACUAAGA